CUGUCCCAGAGCCUCAAUAACUUGUCCUUGCGGUCCCAGCUGAUCUCAAGGGGGAUGCCCCCCCUGCCCCCUUCCCCCAGCCAGGACUUGGAUGCUCCUUGGCCAGAUCCCGGUCCUUCGGGGGGCCCCACGGGGGGCCCAGAGCCCCUGGAAGACGCCAUGCGGGACCCCCCCGAGCUGGUGAUCAUCGAGCAACCGAAGCAGCGAGGGAUGCGCUUCCGGUACCAGUGUGAAGGACGGUCCGCCGGGAGCAUUCUGGGCGAAGGGAGCAGCGAGACGAACAAAACGCUGCCCACCAUUGAGCUGCAGAACUUUGAGGGCAUCCCGGAAGUGAAAGUGACCGCUUGCUUGGUCUGGAAGGACUGGCCUUAUCGGAUCCACCCCCACAGCCUGGUAGGCAAGGACUGCAACAACGGGCUGUGCGAAGUGAUCCUGAAGCCUCGAAUCAAUGCCAGGCACAGCUUUAACAACCUCGGGAUCCAGUGUGUGAAGAAGAAAGACAUAGAGGAAGCCAUCGAGAAAAAGCUACAACUUGGAAUUGACCCUUUCAAAGCUGGUUCACUGAAGAAUCAUCAAGAGGUAGACAUGAACGUGGUCCGGAUCUGUUUCCAGGCCUCUUAUCAGGACUCCAUGGGGAAAACAUGGCAUCUGAAUCCUGUCCUCUCGGAAGCCAUCUUCGACAAAAAAUCCACAAACACAUCAGAACUCAAAAUCUACCGGAUGAACAAAGAACAGGGAAGCUGCACGGGUGGCGAGGAAUUUUAUUUGCUGUGUGACAAAGUCCAGAAAGAAGACAUCUCUGUCGUUUUCCGGAAAGACGCUUGGGAGGGCAGAGCUGAUUUUUCCCAAGCAGACGUCCAUCGGCAAAUUGCCAUCGUCUUCAAGACCCCCCCGUACCAACACCUCGACAUCCUGGAGCCCGUGGAAGUGGAGGUGUACCUGCGUCGCUUGACGGACAGUGUCUCCAGCGAACCAUUCCCUUUCACCUACCUGCCCAAAGACACAGAUACAUACCGGGUGAAUAAAAAACGGAAGCAAGGUAUGCCUGACGUCUUGGAAGAACUUUCUGGUCCAGAUCCUCAUGGGAUUGACGCAAAAAGGAAGAAGAAGAAGCCCGACUAUCUGGAUCACUUCAACUUGACUCCUUCAGUAGACUUCUCCCUGCCCUCUCCGGAAGACAGGGGUUUCCUGGCCAGCAUGGACCGCAUCACCCUGCCGGACCUGUUUGAGGAAUUUGGCCGGUUUUCCGGAUUUUCACCCUACGGCGGCCCCAGCUUGAGUGACGUGGUCCUGCCUUCCGCUACGAACUAUGCAGAACGAGCAGAGCAGGAAUUCUUGCUUGAUGCUUAUUCGGUCCACUCGGGCGUCACCGUCCCUCUGGCGCUGCCCGGAGACCCAGAGCCCGAAGGGGUGGCAACUUUGGUGGGGAGCAGCAUGUUCCCCAGUCAGUACAAAGAGGAUGAAGAAGAACUAGAAAUGGGGAACACCACAGCCGUGUGA